AUGGCUAUCGAAGUUACUAAGCUGGAAGGCCAGCCAUUAGGAGCAACAAUCAAGCUUCCAGAAGGUUGCAAUGAUCCAAGCAAACUUUCUGCUGAAGAUUUUGACGAUCUAUACAAGGCACUUCAUGAGCACUUGGUGGUGGUGAUUCCGGGAAUGGAGGACCUAUCUCCCGAGUCGCAAUGGAAACUGACAACCAGAUUCGACCCUACCUGUGAUCAAACUGGGAAGUCAUAUGGACACGGGAAGGAAUUUCGUCAUGACAAAUCUGUGCUGAAAAAAGACGGGACGUCAAUUCCUGACCAACCUCAAGUGCAGGUUUUGGGACAGGGCAGCUGGCCUGCAGGCCAUCAUGGCCUCGGUGACAUUGAGCUCAGACACCCUACUCAUUUUGACUUCCACCGUGAUCCUCUUUCCCAGGAACAGGCGUACAAGCAGGAUAUGACUCGUUUCUACAGAUGGCAUCUCGAUUCGGCAUUGUACGGGCUCUCCCCACCUGUUGCCACUACAUUGUUGGGAAUACAUGUACCUCCACACUCUAAAAAGCAGAAGAUUUUAUAUGAAGACAACAAUGAAGUCUUGGAGGUUACGCAGGGUGCGACGGCAUUCAUUUCUGGUGCCAGAGCUUUUGACCUAUUGACUCCUGAAGAGCAAGACCGCGCCUUAAAAACUGUGGUGGAAUACGCACCUCAUCCCUAUAUCUUCAUUUCACCUGCUAGAGCAACAUCUGACGGUUUGACCAUGGUUUCCGAAGGGAAAGAGAUGUCACUUGACGAAUUGCCUCCUUGGGAAGAUGCGAAGGUUAAGCGCCUACCUAUGGUAUGGACAAAUCCUGUUACCAAAAAGCAUCAUCUACAAGUACAUGGUUGUUGUAUCCACAAAUUGCUUCUUCCUGACGGAACAACACUUGAGCUUGAGGAAGCCCGUAAAGAAGUCCACAGGAUGAUGAGGCCAGCUAUUUCUCCAAAGUAUGUGUACGCCCAUGAUUGGAGCAAAGGUGAUUUGGCCAUAUUUUUCAACAGAGGUGUUUUGCAUUCUGUGACUGGUCAGUUCUCUCCUGGCGAAAAAAGACUAAUGCAUCAAUGCAACAUAGCGUCUGGCAAGGAUCCGCAAACAAUUUUGGAUGUUGCAGCUUAA